GAGAGACCAGGGGCAGUCACCUCACAGGCUCACAACCAACCAGAGUCUCAUCCUAUUUCUUGGAAGUUGCGCGUUCACUUUUUCUCUUUCCCUCCCUUCUCCCCGCUUUCACCAGGUCGCCAGCUUGUCGUCAUUCCAUUAACUGACUCUUGCAGUUUCCUGUCAAGACGUAACCAACUUCCUUGAAAAUCUUGGAGGGAUCCAUUUCCCUUGACAUUCGCUCAGCACAGAUUACGUCGUCCAUUCUCUUGUUAUUUCUCUUUACGUUCUUGUCUCUCUUUAUAACUGCAUUUCGGUCUUCUUCAGUGUCAAUUCCCUAGACUCUCCAUGUCUUUGCGCACUGGUUCUAGGAGCUGCGGAACAUUGUCAACAGAAUCAACACUUUUGUUGUUAUAAGAACCUACCUAGGAUCCAUAUUUUUGGCUUUGGCAAAACACGCGCUAUCGCCAUGCUUCUCCCCUGUACGCUCGUCGCCCUAGGCGCGACCCUCGCAGCCGCCGUCACCCCUCUCGAGCUUCGUGGCAAUGCCUUUGUCAACCCUGACACCGGCAAUAAGUUCCAAAUCGUCGGCAUCGACUACCAAAUCAAUGGCAGUGCCGGCUAUAAUCCCGAACACGGCUAUGAUCCCCUCAGCAUCCCCGAGGUCUGUCUUCGCGAUGCCGCCCUCAUGCAGGCCAUGGGUGUCAAUGCCCUCCGCGUCUACAAUCUCAACCCUGAUCUGAACCACGAUGCCUGCGCCUCCAUCUUCAACGCUGCCGGCAUGUACAUGCUCCUCGACGUCAACUCACCGCUGGUCGGCGAAUCCCUCACCGCCUUUGAACCCUGGACGAGCUACUACGCCUCGUACCUGAACCGCACCUUUGCCAUUGUCGAGGCCUUCAAGAACUAUCCCAACACUUUGCUUUUCUUCUCCGCCAACGAGGUCAUUGACCAUCCGCGGACCGUGGAGCAUGUGCCUCCCUACCUGCGCGCCCUCACUCGCGAUAUCAAGAGCUACGUCGCCAAACAUUCCGACCGCAGGAUCCCCGUCGGCUACUCCGCCGCCGAUGUCCGCAGCGUCCUUUUUGACACCUGGAACUACCUCCAGUGCGCCAUUGACGGUGAUGAGGACGACAUGAGCCGCAUCGACCUCUUCGGCCUUAACUCGUACUCGUGGUGUGGCGACUCCGACUUUGAGCGCUCAAGCUUCGUCGAUCUCGUCGAUGGCCUCCGCAAUACCUCUGUUCCCGUCUUCUUCUCCGAGUAUGGCUGCAACCAGGAACUACCCCGCCUCUUCACCGAGGUUGGGUCCAUUUACGGCCCCAACAUGACCGACGUCUUCUCCGGCGGCCUCGUCUACGAAUACAGCGAGGAGCCCCACAACUAUGGGCUUGUCGAGGUCUUCGACAACAAGUCGGCCCACCUGUUGCAGGACUACCGCACCCUCGCCGACCAGUUCGCCCAGCUCGACUUCGAGGAACUCCAGGGUGCCAGCCCUGAUAGCAACAUGCCCAGGCCUCCCACCUGCUCCAGCUCUCUCAUCCAAACGAGCACCUUCCACAGCAACUUCACCCUCCCGGACAUGCCUCCAGGCGUCAAGGAACUCAUUGAGGAUGGCAUCAGCCCCAAGCCCUCAGGCCGCAUCAUCGAAAUCUCCGAUUGGGACGUUCCCUUCACCGUCUAUGACACUAACUGGGAGCCUAUCGAGAACCUGGCCGUCAACCCCCUCGACGAUGGCGAGGUCAACCGUCCCGGCAAUAACAACGCCGGCGGUUCGGGCUCGGAUUCCCCGUCCGAUGGCUCUGACGAUGAUGACGAUGACGAUGAUGAUGAUGAUGAGAACGCCGGUCUUUCGCUGCGGCCGGCCUUGGCUAUUGCUCUGGGACUGCCUGCUGCCCUCCUCUUCUUGUAGACGAUAAUAUUGGAAGACCACGUACUUUGGAGCUGACAUCUGGUUACAUGGUGGACCCGUUUUCUCUUUCAAUGUAGAAUACUUCAUUCCCCAUCUGUGUCUAUACUGCGAUGCCAGGGCAUAUAGAACGUAGCCGUUGGGAUUUUUAUUAAUUUCUUUCUCCCCCCCCCCUUUCGUUGUGCCGUUGUGAUCAAUUACCGGUGUUGAGAAGUAAGGGCUAGAAGAGGCAUUCUGCAGCAGCUAGGAAGGCCCAAACAUGCUUUCGGGUCUCCCCGAAUCUGCCUGGGCUGAGUGGAAUGGCUGAUGUAAGGACGAUAACUCUGUACAAGACUAUAAACUAUGUUCAAAACGAGCGUGACCACCGGUUUUGCAGUAGAACUGCUGAUGGAUCCGAGGAGUCGCGGGAUUCGGGAUGUCGUAAGGCGUUUUGUCUUCUCACAAACAU